GCCGGCAUGCGCGAAUCCGAGUCCGAGGCCUAGCCCGCUCGCGGCCGCGAAUCCUCCUCGCCUCGCCUCGCCUCGCCCCGCCCCGCGAGCCGCGAUGCAUCGAGCGAUGCGGCUGCGCUGCCUCCUGCGCGCGCCGCUCUGGCGCGAGCCUGCCGCCAACCCCGCGGCAGCGUCCAGCCUUGGGGAUAGCGCCCUGGUGAGGAGGCUCGGCGCGCCGCCGUGGCCGUGCGGCGAGAAGCAGCGGCGGCUGUGCCGGUUCUACAGCUCGAACUCGAAGGAGGGCGUCGGCAGCGCGGAGGCGGCGGGGAGUGGCGGCGGCGGCAGCAGAGAGCAGGAGCACGCGCGGCUCGGGGAGAGGGAUCAGCAGGAGUGGCUCAGCGGCGAGCGGUUCAUCACCGGCUGCAAGCGGCGGGAGUCGCCAUUCCUCACCAAGCGGGAUCGCUUCCGCAACGAGUUCCUGCGCCGCGUCGUGCCGUGGGACAAGACCGGCGUCUCGUGGAACAGCUUCCCGUACUACGUCGAUCAGAACGCGAGGCAGCUGCUGAGCGAGUGCGUGGCAUCGCACCUGCGGCACAAGGAUGUAGCUCUGGAGUACGGUUCAGGGUUGCAGUCCUCCAGUGGAAGGAUAUUGCUCCAGAGCUUGCCAGGGACUGAAUUCUACCGCGAGAGAUUUGUGAGGGCUCUUGCCAAUGAGUUGUGUGCACCAUUAUUAGUUCUGGACAGCAGUGUUCUAGCACCAUAUGAUUGUGGCGAAGACUGUUCAGAGAGUGAGGGAGAGGAUAGUCAUGCAGAGGUAGAGGAGAAUGGUUCAGAAUCAGAGGUCGAUGGUGAAGGUGAUGAGGAAUCUGCUGAAAGUGAUGAUGACGAUUCUAUUAAAUCGGUGGCAGACCUAAAGAAGCUAGUUCCAUGCACUCUUGAAGAAUUUGCCAAGAGAGUUGCUGGUAUACAGGAAAGUUCUUCAGCAGCAGAAUCCUCUGGCACUGCUGAGUUAUCCGAAGAAGAGAAGAGGUCUCUUCAAAAGGGAGAUAGGGUCAAGUACAUUGGAGCAUCGGUGGUUGUUGAAGCAGAUAAUAGGAUCAUUUUGGGGAAAGUACCUACUCAAGAUGGCUCAAAGAAUGCCUAUACCUUUAUUAGUGGCAGAACUUUAUCAAAUGGACAGCGUGGAGAGGUGUAUGAGAUCAAUGGUGACCAAGUAGCUGUUAUAUUUGACCCUCCUGAGGAGGUGGCUGAUGGUAAUGAAGAUGAAGCAAAGAAAGAGCAAAAUGCUAAACCAGCAGUUUAUUGGGUUGACAGUCAGGAUAUCGAGCAUGACCAUGACACUCAAGCAGAAGAUUGGCAUAUCGCAAUUGAAGCACUUUGUGAGGUACUGCCAUCUUUACAACCAGCCAUUGUUUACUUUCCAGACAGUUCCCAGUGGCUGUCUAAGGCAGUUCCAAGAUCAAAUCGCAGAGAAUUUGUUGAAAAGGUUGAGAAAAUGUUUGACCAGCUUACUGGAUCUUUAGUAUUGAUAUGUGGGCAGAACAUAGUGGAGGCAUCAACAGCAGCACCUAAGGAUAAAGAACCUAAGACACUGCUGUUCCAUAAUCUAUCUCGCCUGUCUCCACUGUCAUCGUCCUUGAAACAGCUGGUAGGGAGCCUUAAAGGACGGAAGCCUUCAAGGUCCAGUGAUAUAACAAAGCUUUUCAAAAACAGAAUCUUUAUUCCUCUUCCAAAGGAUGAUGAGCAACUGAGAGUUUUCAAUAACCAGAUCGAGAAGGACAGAAAAAUAAUCAUUUCAAGACAUAACCUUGUAGAGUUGCACAAGGUUCUUGAGGAACAUGAACUUUUGUGUGAGGAUCUUUUGCAUGUAAACUCAGAGGGUAUUGCUUUGACAAAACAAAAAGCAGAGAUGGUUGUUGGAUGGGCUAGGAGUCACUAUUUAUCAUCAGCAGUUAAUCCUUCCAUAAAGGGUGAUAGGCUGAUCAUUCCUCGUGAAAGCCUGGAUCUAUCUAUUGGGAGGUUGAAGGAGCAGGAGGCUUCCAAUAAGAGGCCGUCUGAAAACAUGAAGAUUUUGGCUAAAGAUGAGUAUGAGCGCAAUUUCAUUUCAGCAGUUGUACCUCCCAAUGAGAUUGGUGUUAAGUUUGAUGAUAUCGGUGCUCUUGAGGAUGUCAAGAAGACACUGGAUGAACUUGUUACUCUUCCAAUGAGGAGGCCAGAACUUUUUUCACAUGGGAACUUGUUAAGGCCCUGCAAAGGUAUAUUGCUUUUUGGUCCUCCUGGAACAGGAAAAACACUUUUGGCAAAGGCACUUGCUACAGAAGCUGGAGCAAAUUUUAUAAGCAUAACUGGUUCUACUCUCACAUCAAAGUGGUUUGGAGAUGCUGAGAAGCUCACCAAGUCCCUUUUCUCUUUUGCUAGUCGACUGGCUCCUGUUAUAAUAUUUGUGGAUGAGGUUGACAGCUUACUUGGUGCAAGAGGUGGUGCAUUUGAGCACGAAGCAACGAGAAGGAUGAGAAAUGAAUUUAUGGCAGCUUGGGAUGGCCUAAGGUCUAAAGAGAACCAAAGGAUCCUUGUUCUUGGUGCAACCAACCGUCCAUUUGAUCUGGAUGAUGCAGUAAUACGACGUUUACCUAGGAGGAUAUUAGUUGACCUGCCGGAUGCACAGAAUCGGAUGAAAAUUCUAAGAAUUUUACUUGCCAAAGAAAACCUAGAGUCUGAGUUUAGAUUUGAUGAUCUUGCUAAUGCAACUGAGGGUUACUCCGGGAGUGAUUUGAAGAAUCUAUGCAUAGCUGCAGCAUAUAGGCCAGUUCAUGAACUUCUAGAACAAGAAAAUAAGAUAUGGGUAGCACGAAAACUUCAUUAAGAGCACUUAAAUUGGAUGACUUUGUGCAAGCAAAAGCCAAGGUAAGCCCAUCUGUUGCUUUUGACGCGUCAAGCAUGAACGAACUAAGAAAGUGGAAUGAGCAGUAUGGGGAAGGUGGCAGCAGGAGCAAAUCACCAUUCGGGUUCGGGAGCUAAAUAGUCCAGUAGCAAGUUUCCCGCAUAGAGUCGCACGAAUGAGCGUUUUAGUUGUCGGAAACAAGCAGUAGUUGCUUGAUGUUCUUGGCAGUAACUCUGCACUGCCCGUUCCUUAUCUUGUUCAGUCUGUCCACUCCUUUAGCCCCCCCUUUUUACCCAGAGCCUACUAGAACAGUGAUGAUGUCGAUAGCAAAAUGGCAUAUCAGAUGCCAUGGUUUCAUAUAUACCUCAUGUUGUAGUGUCACGGUCUCCCAACCAGAAGGUGACCAGAACUGUAAAUAGCCCCCCGAAUUUUUUGCUCAAGAGCCAACAGUUUUGGUUAUUUGCAUUAAAUUUCAUACCAUUUUGAUUUUUAACCCCACUUUUUACAUGUUUGGAUUGGAUAAUAAACUCUACACGUCGCGGAAAGUCCCUUGAGAGCAACGCAGGCAGUGUGCUAUGUAGCAUCA